ACAUUAAGGCGUCUAAACCCUAGCCUAAAUUUGUUUCCUCAUCUUAAACCCUACUCCAGUCCAGUCCCCAAAGCCUUCAUCUUCCACAGCCAGCAAUGGCGGACAGAAAGAAAUCUAAGAAACCCACAAACAACAACAUGGAGCACCUCAAGACUGACAUAGCCUCCUUCGCUUCCUCCCUCGGCCUCUCUACCUCUCUCCCUCCCUCUGAUUCUUCAGGCUUCAACGAUGUCGAUUUCCGCAACCCCAAAAAACCCCAACAGAGGCCUAAACCCUCAAAACCCCAGAAUUCCAAACCCCAAAAUCGAAACACCACCCAGAACUUCAAACCCAAUCUUUCGAAACCCCCUUUUCCUUCACUCCCUGAUGUCACCAGCAACAGUGAAAAAGCAAAGACCUUUGAGAAUCUUCCGAAGCUGCCGUUGAUUUCAGCCACCAACAUUGGAGUUUGGUACGAAGAAGCUGAAGAAUUGGAAGGCAAAGUGGUCGGGAAGAUGAAGAAAGCCGAGGCAAGGAGUGACAAGGAGUGGAGUGGUGAGGUGGCCAAGAAGCGAAAGCUUGGAGAGAGGUUGAUGGCACAGUACACGGCGGAUUACGAGGCUUCGAAAGGGAAGAGUGGGGAUAUCAAGCUGUUGCUGACCACACAGAGGUCAGGGACUGCUUCUGAUAAGAUUUCGGCGUUUUCGGUGUUGGUUGGGGAUGAUCCCAUUGCCAAUUUGAGGUCUUUGGAUGCACUUUUAGGAAUGGUAGCAUCAAAAGUAGGAAAGCGAUACGCAUUUGCAGGUUUUGAUGCAUUGAGGGAGUUGUUUCUUACAAGUUUAUUACCCGAUCGUAAGCUUAAGAGCCUCUUACAGCGGCCUUUAAAUGAUCUUCCUGAGACAAAAGAUGGUUAUUCUCUUCUGCUUCUGUGGUAUUGGGAGGAAUGCUUGAAACAAAGGUAUGAACGCUUUGUUAUUGCUCUUGAGGAAGCAUCAAGAGAUAUGUUACCUGAACUCAAAAACAAGGCAUUGAAGACUAUAUAUGUAUUACUCAAGAGUAAAUCGGAGCAAGAGCGAAGAUUACUGUCUGCCCUAGUUAAUAAACUGGGAGAUCCUAAAAAUAAGGGUGCUUCAGAUGCUGAUUUUCACUUAUCAAACCUUUUGCGUGACCAUCCAAACAUGAAGGCUGUGGUGAUUGAUGAGGUGGACUCUUUUCUCUUUCGGCCGCAUUUAAACAUACAAGCAAAGUACCAUGCGGUUAACUUUUUGAGCCAAAUUCAACUAAGAAAUAAAGGAGAUGGACCAAAGGUGGCAAAAAGUUUGGUAGAUGUAUAUUUUGCACUUUUCAAGGUACUGAUUUCUGAGGCAGGUGGAGGUGAAAAGGCCGAAAAGGACGAGAAAGUAGGGGGUAAAAAACCAGCCGGUUCUCGUAAGGAUGGCAAAGGCAAUAGUUCAUCAGAUUCUCAUUUUGAAUUGGAUUCACGUCUUCUAUCAGCUCUAUUAAUGGGAGUCAAUAGAGCAUUCCCAUAUGUUUCGAAGAAUGAGGCUGAUGACGUUGUUGAGGCCCAAACACCAACACUUUUCCAUUUGGUUCAUUCUACUAACUUCAAUGUAGGAGUUCAAGCACUGAUGCUUCUUCAUCAUAUCUCAUCUAAGAAUCAAAUUGUCAGUGAUAGGUUUUACCGAGCCUUGUACUCAAAACUACUCCUUCCAGCUGCCAUGAAUACUUCCAAGGCUGAAACAUUUAUUGGACUUCUUCUGAGAGCAAUGAAAUCUGAUGUCAAUGUGAAGCGUACAGCUGCUUUUGCAAAACGUCUACUGCAGGUCGCCCUUCAACAGCCGCCUCAAUAUGCAUGUGGAUGCCUCUUUCUUCUCUCUGAAGUUCUAAAAGCACGGCCCCCCUUGUGGAACAUGGUGCUCCAAAACGAGUCAGUUGAUGAUGACCUUGAGCAUUUUGAAGAUGUGAUAGAAGAAACCGAUAAUGAACCCAGCCCUGUCCUGGAGAAACAAGAAGUUGAACUUGUUCAUAACAGUGAUGAAAAAAGUGAUACCGUCAAUUCUGAUCAUGAUUCUUCAGAAGAUGAUAUUGACUCUUCCGCCUCAUAUUCUGAAGAUGAAGCUUCCAAUGAAGCAGAUGAGUUUCAUUUUAGAAAUGAUUCAAAGGACUCCAAGACGGUGCCUGAUGGUAGCGUGCAGCAACCACAAGUAGUAUCCUCUGAGAAGACUUCACUACCUGGAGGCUAUGAUCCACGACACAGAGAGCCCUCUUACUGCAAUGCAGAUCGUGUAAGCUGGUGGGAGUUGACGGUACUUGCUUCUCAUGUGCACCCUUCAGUUUCUACCAUGGCAAAGACGCUUCUCUCUGGGGCGAAUAUUGUCUAUAAUGGAAACCCACUGAAUGACCUAUCACUUACUGCUUUUCUGGACAAGUUUAUGGAGAAAAAACCAAAGGCAAGCACAUGGCAUGGUGGUUCGCAAAUUGAACCUGCGAAAAAGCUUGACAUGACCAACCGAUUCAUAGGACCAGAAAUCCUCUCAUUGGCUGAAGAAGAUGUACCUGCAGAAGAUCUCGUCUUUCACAAGUUCUACAUGAAUAAAAUGAAUACUUCGAAGAAACCAAAGAAGAAGAAGAAGAAGGCAACAACAGAAGAUGAAGAUGCCGCGGAGUUGUUUGAUGUGGAUGGUGGUGGUGAUGAUGAGAGUGAUAAUGAAGAGAUUGACAAUAUGCUGGAUUCUGCUGGUGUUGCCAUGGAUGCAGAUGGCGACUAUGAUUAUGAUGAUCUAGACCAAGUAGCCAAUGACGACGAUGAAGACUUGGUUGGUAAUGUUAGUGAUGUCAGUGAUGCUGAUCUUGACCUGCCCUCAGAUAUUGCAGAGGGUGAAGAUUUUGAUACCACUGCAAACAGUGAUGAAAGUGAUGAUGGCGAUGAUGCUAUUGAUAUAGGAGAUGUUGAUGACGACGAGGUUGAGGAUGAGGAUGAGGAUGAGGAUGUCCAUAUUGAGAGUGUCCAAGGGAAAAGUAAACGGAAGCGUGGGAAGGCAGCAGCAUCCCCAUUUGCGAGUCUGGAAGAAUAUGAGCAUUUGUUUAACGAGGACGCCCCUGCUGAGAAGGAAUCUAAAAGCAAGAAGAAAUCCAAGCCCCGAAAGAAGAGAAAGUCGUCUGAUUAAACCUACGUUUGCCUUUUUUGGUUUUCAGACUUCAUUACAAACAUACUUUAUAGCCAAAAAGGGUAGAAAAUUUUGUUUAAGCUUUAAGCUUUAAUUGUACCAGUAAGUUGUCAGCUGUUAAAAGGAACCUCCACAUCAUUGUACUACCAUCAAUAUUGUCAAUGAAAGAAGCAUAGGAAAUUUGCUA